AUGAGCGUUCGGUAUAAAGAACAAAGUCUAAGCGACAACGUCGACGAUUCAAGCGACAACCUACUCCCGUGGGAUGCCUCUGAGAUCGAACAACCCCCACCCCAACGCCAGGGGUGGAGAGUAUACUUCCAUCGCCUCAAAACAGUUCUCUACAUCUCACUUGCCCUGUACGGCGUCAUGAGUCUUUUCAUCCAGACAGUCUCGUUAAUUCAAUUGCAUCAACCCAUCAGCUGUGAAUGCGGAAGCUCUACCACUGAGGCAAUAAGUAAAGGCUGCAAGUACGAUACCAUGUCCGCUGCAUGGCUGCCUGUAGCCUGUCGAGAUGACGAGCUCAGUGCCGAGUUUGAUCGCAUGGGGCCCGGACCAAACGGGCAAUGGUACUAUUGGGCAGACGAGAAUCGGACUCGGGAACUUAGUAUUGAGGAGCUGUCCCUGCUGCCAGAUCGAGGAUUACCAUUCUUUACAAACUGGGACUGGCAUGUUGCUCAUUGUACCUAUCGCUGGCGGAAACAAUUGAGGCCUGGAUUCUUGUUUGGUAAGAUGAACAUCCAGGCAGCGUAUGGUCAUGUUGUGCAUUGUGAACAGGUUAUGAGGGUGCAUGAUAGAGAGCAGACUAUUGUAUCUGGG